UAUAUUACUAUACGACGCUCGCCUCACUGACAUUUGACACAGUCCAAAUAAGAAUUGUUGGGCUUGUUAAAGCUCAUGUUCAACUCUAUAUUAUCUGAUUAGUACGAUAUUGUCCACUUUGGGCCUAAUUGGCAAGCACACAUGAAUUUACUUUUGGUUUCCUUCCCAAAAGGCCUCGUACUGUUAGAGUUAAACAUCUCUUUAUUAUAUAUUAGACACUCUUUGUCUAAUUCUCCAAUGUAUGAUUUAGUUUGUUAUCUCACAUUCUUCCCUUCAAACUAAUGAUCACAUUCAUCUCGUGUUCUACAACUGAUUUCCAGAAUCUUUUGACUUGAUCUCUGCCACACACCUCUCAUUCAUAACUCAUAGGAUACCAUUCAUCUCUCGAAGGGUAUAUUGGUCUUUUGCAGAUUUCUCGUCAACCGCUCUGAUACCAAUUGUUGGGCUUGUUAAAGCUCAUGUUCAACUCUAUAUUAUCCGAUUAGUACGAUAUUGUCCACUUUGGGCCUAAUUGGCAAGCACGCAUGAAUUUACUUUUGGUUUCUUUCCCAAAAAGCCUCGUACUAUUAGAAUUAGACAUCUCUUUAUUAUAUAUUAGACGGUCUUUUUCUAAUUUUCCAAUGUGAGACUUAGUUUGUUAUCUCACAAGAAUCCCACUAUGAUUUUAUGAAAUCAAUUAAUCUAAACAUGAAAAGAUAUAAAAGAUUUAGAAACAGGAUCAUCACACAUGUCAGGAAGCUCCAUGGAAACUCAAAAUAUUAUAUUCAAAUACACGUAUCAGAAUACUAAAUGAUUAUCUAAAACACGAAUACUAAUCUCAUCUUAAAUAAAAAAGGUUGUGCCAGAUAAACAUACUUCACUUAUUAAACGAAGACUUUGUUAAGUCUCAAAGGUUACUUGCAAGGCAAAGAAAAAAAUGCAAAGUAGCUUCUCGCACCUCUCUUAUAUAUCCUCUACGAACUUAAAUUUCAUCAUUAUUCCUUUUUCCAUCAGAAAAUCAUUUCCCAAGGCCAAAGAAAAACAUAGAGAAUUAGAAAAGCAAAAAGUUUUGAAGAUAUGGAGAUCAAAGUUGUUGAAGAUCAUCAACUAAGUACUAAAGAAGAUAUCGAAACGCCACUUCUAGAAGAAAACAAAGACUUUCCCGAUGUAGAAAGAACAACAUGGAUACAAAAGGCAAUAGGACAAACAUUUCAAACCACAGCCCAUUUAGCUAAUCUCUUACCAACAGGAACAGUUCUCGCGUUUCAGCUCUUAUCUCCAAUCUUUUCAAACGGUGGUCAAUGCGAUUUAGCUUGCAAGAUCAUGACAUCAAGCCUAGUGGCGAUAUGUGGAUUCUCUUGCUUCAUACUUAGCUUCACAGAUUCUUACAAAGACAAAAACGGUACGAUUUGCUACGGAUUUGCAACAAUCCAUGGGUUUUGGAUCAUUGAUGGAUCCGCAACGCUUCCUCAAGAGUUAGCUAAAAACUAUAAACUAAGGUUUAUAGAUUUUGCUCAUGCAUUCAUGUCGUUAUUGGUGUUUGGUGCGGUGGUUUUAUUCGAUCGGAAUACGGUGAAUUGUUUUUAUCCGGCACCGUCAGCGGAAGAGUUGGAGGUUCUCACGGCGUUGCCGGUAGGCGUUGGGGUGUUUUGUAGUAUGUUGUUUGCAACAUUUCCUACAACACGCAAUGGUAUUGGUUUUCCAGUUCCUGGUAAUAAAUGAUACCAGCAACGUGUCUAUUUAUUUGUAAUUUGUUUGAUUCUUUCUUGAAUGAUCUCUUUACAUUACAAGGACGCUUCUAAGUUCUAACAGAGAUGUACUCAAGCUAUUUAGAAUUAAUUUAUGCUACAAAUAACAUUUAUUGAUUUUGAAUAUGCAUAAAAAAAAGAGAGGUAAUUUAGAUUACCUCAUUUGGGGCCUCAACAAUGGUUGAGACAAGGUCACCAGAAAGUUCUGGGAAUAUAAAUCUUUCCAUAUGAGAAAGAAGAAGCCGCACAGAGUUAACUCCGGCGCAGAAUCACCAGAUUAUACUGGAAAGGAUCACGAGACUUGUUGCUCGAAAGUUGGUACCAAUAUGGGGUAUCGAACCCUGGUGGGAGUUGUUACUCAAGUGAGACUCUGCCACUUUGAACGGGCUCGAAUCGGUGUCUUUAGAUUUAUUUUAAGUUUACUUAUACCUUAUAUUCAAUCGAUAACUGCUUUUCUCGGUUUAGAAUGGUUCGCUUAUUAUUUUGCCUUAACCUGAAAAUUUUUGAGGUAAAAAAUGUCAUAUAAAUUUUUCUUUAUUUCACAAAAAAUAUAUUAAACAAACACAUCGCGAGUUAUAUAAUUGAUUUUCUUAUCCGCAUAAUGUUGAAUCCUAAAUCCGAUAACAGGGACCUUAGAACGUUUCUAAUCAAGUAAUUUAAGAGAUUUAUGUGCCAAAGAUUUCGUUAAUAUGAAGUGUAAGCUAAAAACCGAAAGGAGAUACAAAGGAUAAUGAACUCGUUGUUGUAAAGAUUAACUCGUCGUUAAAGCUAUUUCUCUCUCCAUCUCUCUCUUUUUUUUUUCUGUGCGUGUGUUUUUUCACCUGGCUUCCUCUUCUUUUAUAGGUGCUUCGUUGCGUGGAAACUGCUCGACUUCCUCAUUAGUGUCUGACUUGGAACAGUGAUCAGCGGAGCAGUUGAUACCUACAUUCGGCGCCAUCGUAGGUUUGGUAGGUCGGCUAUCGUGACGCGACCGGGUUUGUAAUGGGCCACAUUUCUUUUCUGGGUUUCUUAGAACUGUGGGCCGAGUCGACUCCCAGACCAUGAUAUUAAUCGGGACCGUAUUCAACACAUAAAAUAAAAUCUUUUGAAAAUUUUAAUUUAGUUUCUUAAAUUUUAUCUUUAAAGAUAUUUUUGCUUCUUUUAGGGAUCAAAUGAUAAAUUUGUUUGAAGUUGAAAAAAAUAUUUUAUUCUUUCUGUAGAAAUUGAAUGAAAAGAAAAUAAUUCUAGAAGUGUAAAAAGAUUAUAUUAACUGUAGCCAAAAUUUAAUUGAAAAUAUGGUAAG